AGGAGAGAGAAGCAGAGGGAGGGAAAGAAAGACGAGAGCGAGGAGAGAGAGAGUCCAGCCCACUCCGGUAAAACCAUUCAACUGGUGGACUGUGAGCUGAGCUGAACUUUGCAGCUUCCGAGAGAACUUCUGAGAGAACGAGAGAGAAGAAAGACAAAGACAGUAAGAAAGACAGAGAGCAGAGGAAGGAGGGAAGGUGAAUUUUAAACAAAAGAAGACUUUUCCUCUCUCGUCAUCCAGGACUGAAUUUUUGUUCAAACUCUUUUGGACAAAACUCAACUUUUCUUCAUCUUUUCCGGCUCCGUCUGUGCAUCUGCAUCCGGCAGCAUCACCAAAUCCAGCCCAGCAGCCAAUCAGGCGUCUCCUGCCAUCAUGUCAGUCUUACCUCUGCUCAGCUGGACCGUCCUGAUCCUGGUCCAGAGCUGCAGCUCGUCUUCGGACCCGGCGUCCAAACUCCAGCCUCGCCUGCUUUCUCUGACCGUCCAUCCUCACCACCAGCCGCUGCCGGACGCCGCCUCCAGCUCCCACUGCCCCUCCUGCGCCCUGGCCAGGAUGAGGAGGAACGAAGGGGGCACGGUGGCGGACGAUGCGGCGGCGGGACACGAGCGAGAGGAAGAGGAGGCAGCUCAGCAGGAUGUGGUGGAGGCGGUGAAGAGACACAUCCUAAACAUGCUGCACCUCCAGGCCCGGCCCAACAUCACCCGGCCCGUGCCGCGCGCCGCGCUCCUCAACGCCCUGCGCAAGCUCCACGUGGGGCGAGUGGCGGAGGACGGCAGCGUGCAGAUCGAGGGGGAGGAGGAGACGCGAGGGCGGGGAGGCCGGGGAGGAGGAGGGGGAGGAGCAGCAGCAGCAGCGGCGAUGGCGGCUCGGGCGGGAGACGGCGGCGAUGCACAGGAGACGACAGAGAUUAUCACCUUCGCCGAGGCUGGUGAGUCUCAGGGCGUGGUGAACUUCGUCCUCUCCAAAGAAGGAGGUGAUCUGUCUCUGGUGGAGCAGGCUAACGUCUGGCUCUUCCUCCGUUUGGCCAAGACCAACCGCAGCCGAGCCAAAGUCACCAUCCGCCUCUUCCAGCAGCGCCGGCUCACCAACGGACGCCCGUCUCCGCCACAGGAUGACGUCCUCCUGGCAGAGAAAACGGUGGACACCCGUCGCAGCGGCUGGCACACCUUCCCAGUGUCGGCGGCGGUGCAGGCGCUGCUGGAGAGCACCGAGAGCACGACGCUGAGCCUCAGGGUGUCCUGCCCACUGUGCGCCGACGCCGGCGCCACGCUCGUCCUGGUCUCUGGCAGCUCAGACACGUCGCAGCGCGCCAACCAGCGGGAACAGUCCCACCGGCCCUUCCUCAUGGCCGUGGUCCGGCAGGGGGACGGCAGCGACUCCCGGCGGCGCAGGAAGCGAGGGCUGGAGUGUGACGGGAAAGUCCGCGUCUGCUGCAAACGGCAGUUCUACGUCAACUUCAAGGAUAUCGGAUGGAACGACUGGAUAAUCGCACCGCCUGGUUACCACGCCAACUACUGCGAGGGCGAGUGCCCCUCCCACGUGGCGAGCAUCACCGGGUCCACGCUGUCCUUCCACUCCACCGUCAUCAGCCACUACCGCAUGAGGGGCUACAGCCCCUUCCAGAACCUGAGGUCAUGCUGUGUGCCCACUCGGCUACGAGCCAUGUCCAUGCUCUACUACAACGAGGAGCAAAAGAUCAUCAAGAAGGACAUCCAGAACAUGAUCGUGGAGGAGUGCGGCUGCUCGUAAACAUAAAAACCUGAACUGGACUGAAGAGGACCGGAGAGGAGAGAGGACCUCUGAGCCCAGAGAGAGAGAGAGACAGGGAGGAGAUGGAGGGAGGAGAGAAAGACGAAGAGGUGACUUUCCCAUCAUCACGUCACUCAUAUCUACUGCGGUUCAUCUUCACCUCCUCCCUCCAUCCCUCCGUCACUCCGGGUCGCUCUCUGGGAUAAAAACUCUUUUCCGGACUCGUUCAGCAGAACUCAGAGAGAGUCUCGAUGGCACUUUCAGAAAAAAAAAAGAAAAGAAAAAAGAUAGAAAAAAAGAAUAUCUAAUAUAUUUUUGUUACAAACGGAGGGAGCGAGGCUUAUUUAUGUGGCUGAGACGUUCAAGCACCACUCAACCAGUCAGACCUUGGAGAGACGAGGUGCCUGAAAAACUACGAACAAAAAAAAAUCUCAAAACUAUGCAACUUGUUUCACGUAUUACGAUCUUAUUGUAUUUUACUUUGACUUGUUUUUGUUUCCCAACUGUUUACCUUUUCAAAAUGUACGAGGAAGAAAGAAGAAGAAUCUUUUGUAUUAUUUUUUUGGAAGUAUAAAUUUGUGUGUGUGUGGUUGUGUGUUUGUUUUUGUCCAUUCAAGUGUGAAAAUAUGUUUGUAUGUUUGUGUGUUGAGAGAUACUUGAAAGAAACAAGUUGGCCCGGCUGCUGGAACCAAACACUUCUUUAUGUUACCAUGGUUACCAUGUUGAUGUUAUAAUUAUUAUUGUCAGUAAGUAUAUUAAUAAUAUUAUUGUUAUUGUUAUUAAUAAUAUUUUUGUUUGGCUGCAUUUGUGUUGUUACGUCUGUUUUUUGUUUGGUUUUGAAGAAACGUUACAAACGUUUUGGUGUUUUGCACUAUAGCCACACUCGUGUUCAGAUUAGACGGAGAAGGUCCUCAGAGAGAGGACAGACCCGAGCUUCCUGCUCAGGAUGGACUCCAGUUUACAGGUGUGACAGUUCACAGGUUUGAUCCCCACAUACGUCACUCUGGGCUCACCGCCUCUGAGUGUGUCACCUGUAGGUUUUCUGAAAGUUUCGAAGCCUGAAUUACAGGUCGCUGCAGACAGGAUUCUCUAAACACUGAGGCCAUGAACAGGGACAGACCACGUCCAGUAAAAAGAGUCGAGUUCGAGCACGUUUGACCCCAAAGGUCCAGUUGGUUUAACAUGGCUCCGUCUUCUGUCUGUAUGAAGCUACAUGUUUAAAACAGAGCUUGUAGAACAUGGUGUUGAUAUCAGUGUAAAUCUGCUGGAUGAGACACAGAGCGCUAAUUAACUGAACGUUACUGUGUAACUGGAGAUCACCACCACAUCAGGAACAUCCUGUCUGUCCAAUCAGAUGCUACGAGGACUUUUACUUAAAAGGAGAACAAAAGGCACUUAGAAGAAGAAAAACAUAGAUUUGACUCGUUAUUAAAAUUCCAAAAUGGACUGUUCUGAGAUUGACUGAUUGAGCAAAGACACAAAAACAAAAGGUUCCACAGCUCCCAUCUUACUGUUAGCCUGAAUAUUCAGUGACAGCUAGCCAACAACUAGCUCCCUUCAAUCUCCAAAAACCAGGACAAGACAGACUUAAAGCACAAGAACAAACCACUGGAAUACACAGGGGUCUACAUCUUUGUCUCUGGUGGAUGUUCUCAGUAUAUCAGCUAUCGACCUGAAGGUGAUUAGCAUUAGCAACGAGAACACGUUGGUUUUCAUUAUUCUACACAACAAACAAAAACACACACGACUGCAUUUCUUCACUAAAUAAAGAUUUAGAGUUGGUAUGAAGGGUUUAGGGAAUUUACUCACUCAUUUAGUGAAUGUUACACUUAAAUUCAAACUUUCUUUGAGGCAAUAUACAAUUUAACUGACGUCAACUCUUUAAUUACAUAAUUAAAACCACCCUUAUCUAAAUCUCCACCAACAUUAAUAUAAUCCUUAAUUCACAGAUUAACAAUUGAUAAAGACACAUUUAAAAUAACACUGACUGCAACUGAAGAUAAUGAGUUAUUGGGCUGCAACUAAUGAUUAUUUUUAUUAUAGAUUUAUCUGCAGAUUACUGUCUUGAUUCAUAAAUUUGUCUAUAAAUUGUCAGAAAACAGAAGUUGUUCUAUUCACCAACGUCAGUAAAUGAUCACAGCUUUAACCAGAAAAUGUGUGGAAUUUUUACUUGAAAAAUGACAAAAAUGAUUAAUUGGUUAUCAAAAUGUUGAUGGUUAAUUUUCUGCCAAUCAGCUAAUACUGCAGCUCUAAUUAGUUGUAAAGCAUUUUGGGUAAAUUGACAGCCCAUUAAUAACUGACUAAAUCUCUUGAAGCUUUGGCAUUUUGAAGAGAAAUUUCUCUGAAAUUAAAGUUGGAGACAAGAACAUUUCCCAGAGAAGUGAUUAAAUAAAUACUUCUGGUUUGGUGUGAUGGGCAGCUCAAGGUUUUCUACCAGAGGCAGAGACUAAGAGAGUGAAUUAUUCCACUUUCAGAGGGAAAGACGAAGGUUUUUGUUCUGACGAAAACGUUCAGUGUCCAGUUUUAGUUUGCUUUAGAACACCAAAGAGUCGAGUCUGUGCGUUUGUUUGUGUGAGAAGUUCAACUCAUGUUCAACUCUGAAAAGAAAAGAAAAACACCUGAUUUAUAACAUGAUGAUAAUAAUUCACUGAAGUUCAUGAUUCUCUGAAGACUGUAAAAACAUGUGGCGUCAUUUUGUCCUCAAAGUUCCGAUGGUUUGAUAAAGAUGUUUUUAUUUAUAGUUUUUUAUUUCACAUUAGUUUUUGGUCACUUUGGAGCAAAAUUCUUCAGUUUCUCUUUGAGUUCUGAUGUUUUCUUUCACCCCCCCACACUAAGAACUCCAUUUCCCAUAAUGCUUUACUCUUUAAUUCUAUCUCAUCACAAACUGAAAAAGACAAUCCACCGUCAUUCUGUUUUGGGAAGAAAACAAACGUUGUCCAAUCAGAUUUCUGAGUGUUUCUGUGUCGUGCGUGUUUAUAUCAGUAUUUGUCGACUUGUUCACCAAAAGUUUUGGAGUAUUGGUCCCAUUUUGAUGAAGUCACACGUGUUCUGAUUUGUUUUCUUUCUUGUUUUCAAAGAGAGUGAACCCUCUUCUUCUGGACUUUCUGGGACAAACUCAUUGUCCGUCCUGUGCGUUCAAGGACGCAAACAAAAUGUCAGUGCAGAAAAAAAAGCCUCAAAAAGAAGCAAAAAGCUGAAAAAAAGGAAUAAAAGAUGUGGUUGUAUUUGUUCAGAUUUUGUUCUUUUUAUCGAGACAAAAAAAUACUGACACUGAACGAAGUGGACAAAGAAUAAAAAGUCUAUUUUUUAUUCUGUAUAUAUGGAAAUCGAGAUUCCAGUAUGUUGCAUUGCUUUGUUGUACAAAUCAAAUGUGCUUGUGGCAUUUUUCUAAUCUAAUUUAUUUUACGGUAUUUUUGUUUGUUUUCUGCUUCACCAUUAAAGUUUAAAGGAUGUACACAAAGGAAA